AGCAUAUCCACUAAAAUCGAGUUACGUCAUACAUGACACUGUUGACAGUUCGACAGUGGAUCAGAUUAACUAAAUCCGUACCCUUUUCUCAGGGAUUACCAGUCCAAGGAGAAGUGUAGCAAUGGAAGCUCUAGGACUUCCUUGUCUCAACACUAUUUCUCUUUCAUGUUGUUCCAACUCUGUCUCUCAGAAGCAAAAACUCAACCAUUUCUUUUCUAAAGGAACGUUUUGCAGGAACACUUAUGGGUUAUCUUCUUCUUCUUCUCCCAAACUCAUGCCCACUUAUGGAACUCGCCGUUUUCAAUGGCGUACGAUUCGUAUGCAAGCUGAUGAUGAAGAUUAUGAGUUGAAGCAAACGAAGGAUAUGACUGCUGCCAGGAAGAGAUGGGAGGCUUUGGUCAGGGAAGAAAAAGUUAAAGUUCUUACACCAAGGGAAGCUGGGUAUGCAAUUCAACUCUCUAAUAAAACCUUACUUGAUGUUCGUCCCUCUACAGAACACGAAAAGGCAUGGGUUAAAGGCUCGACCUGGAUUCCAAUAUUUGAAGUUGAUAACAGAUUGGAUCCUGGCACAGUUUCAAGAAAGAUCACAAGUUUUGUGAUGGGGGGUUGGUGGAGUGGUGUGCCUACAUUGACUUAUGAUAGCCGAUUCUUAUCAAAAGUUGAAGAGAAGUUUCCCAAAGAAACAGAUCUUAUUGUGGCAUGUCAGAAGGGAUUGAGAUCUCUAGCUGCUUGCGAACUGCUGUAUAAUGCCGGCUACAGAAACCUUUUCUGGCUUCAAGGGGGUCUAGAGAGUGCUGAAGAGGAGGAUCUUAUCAGAGAAGGCCCCUUGCCUUUUAAGUUUGCUGGAAUUGGUGGAGUUUCAGAAUUCCUUGGUUGGACAGAUCAACAAAGAGCUGCUGCUGCCAGAGAAGGGUGGGGUUACCGAUUACUGUUCUCUGCUCGUCUGGUUGGAGUCUUUAUCGUUGUUGAUGCCUUAUUCAUUGGUGCUCAGCGAGUAGCUCAAUACCUUCAGGAACUAAAAUCACAAUGAGGCUUCAUUUGAUGCACUUGAAUGUAUUUGUUUAGGGACAUUAUCUCAAAGUUUAGUAAAUCACAAUAUAGAAACAAAAGAUUUUCCAAGUACAGCAAUUUUUGGUCCAGAGUUCUUCACAGGGGCAAUCCCUGUUUAACCGUAAAUUCUUCCAUCUUGUUAAGUGUUUCAUGCCUUUCAACCAUUUGUACUAGCAGAAUUAAUCAAGCUGCAAUUGGCUCAAAACAUUUUUGGUCAAAGCAGUUUUGCCUUGGAGAGAGAAAUUAGCUAAGCUGUUCGAUUAAUUUAGGGUUUUUACAUCCUAGCAAUGUAUAUGUUAUUUAAAUUUUACUGCUUAAUGAUUAAUUCUUUCUUCUUUUUCUA